AUCUCAUCGAUUAAGAUACCAUUUCCAAGGCUUGUCCUCUUCUCCACGUGUUUGGGAGGGCAGCAGUUUUAUGCUUUUUUUUUUUAAACCCCAACAACCACAGAAUAAUAAAGGAAGCAGAGGGAAAGUGGCAGUAGUAGGUGGAUUGCAACCCCUUCCUUCCAAUCGCAGCCUCCUUCGCUUGUUCAUCUUGGAUCCUCCUCUUUCUCCUCUCCCUCCCACCCACCCCGGAGAUCCCCCUUCUCUCCAGACAAACCUCUCCGAAGUCCGCGCUGGGUGCAUCCGAGGGAGACCCUCCUGCCUCUUAUGGACAGCCUCCCCCCGGGCUCAAGCCGCGCGUCUGCCGAGGGAAAGCGGGGCUGGCUUUUCACCUGGCCGUGCAAUUGCUGCCAAGCGUGGGUCGUCGCAGAUCUACCCGGGACUCGGAGCGGGGAAUGCUGGACUGUCCGGAGAGUGGGGCCAAAGGAGCCCCCAUCCACACGAAGAUCUCCUUCUCCAUCCUGGACAUCCUGGAUCCUCAGAAAUUUACCAGGAAGAGCAACCCAGCAGCAGGGAGAAGGGAGAGCAUCCCCCACGCGGGGCAGCGGGAGAAAAGUUUGGGAAGAGUUGACGUGGAAAGGCACCCGAGCAGCAGGAGGAAUAAACUAGAGGCAUAUCAUGAUGGCAGCAGCAGCGGAGAGAGCGAAGCGGCCGCCCUGGAGGCAUCGGAGCACGAGGAGCCGGGCCCCGCGCCGCUCCCCUCGCCCGACUUCCCUCCCUCCUCGUCCUCGGACCUGGACGAUCCCGGCUCGCCUCCGCCGCCGCCGUCGUCCAAGAGGCGCCGAGCGGAGCCCAGCUGCGCCAAGCCUCGCCGGGCCCGGACGGCCUUCACUUACGAGCAGCUGGUGGCUCUGGAGAACAAGUUCCGAGCCACGCGGUACCUGUCGGUGUGCGAGCGCCUCAACCUGGCCCUGUCGCUCAGCCUGACCGAGACGCAGGUCAAAAUCUGGUUCCAGAACCGAAGGACCAAAUGGAAGAAACAGAACUCCGGAGGCGACGGCGCGGCGCAGCCGGGGAACAGCGCAUUGCCCGCCGGAGGAGAUGGCAGCCCCAGUCCGCCAGGCCCCAGCAGCCUGGCCUACCAGACUUUCCCCUCGUACGCCUCGGCCAACGUCCUCUUCCCCGGGGCAGCUCCCCUUCCCCUGGCUGCAGGAGGGGGACCCUUUCCCUCCUUUUUUAGCCCCACGUACCUGGCCCCCUUUUAUACCCCUCACCUAUAAGAGGAACCUGUUCCCUGCAGGGUUUGCAGGUGUCCCCUGCGCGGGAGUGAAGAGCAAACCCUCUACCGAGUUGAAGCAAACCGAGGAAAUCCAGUUUUGACACUCCAUCUGCUGAAAUGUCUGUUUUCCUAAGUGUUAUUUAUGAGCAUGCCCUCUAAUAUUCCACCCUGUGAUCACCAUUAACUAGUUAUGGGUGCUUUCCUCCCCCCCCCAUUUUUGUUUGUUUGUUUUGUUUUGACUUUGGGUGGGAAAAGAGAAGGGGGUGGGAAUACAUCCCAAUCCAAAACUUUUUUUUUAAAGCAAAACCAAAACUUCAUCAGUUCCUUCAAAUUUGUGGAAACCAGAGUGAGUUUCAAUGCAGGAAUAUGGAUUUAUUUCAGAAAUAAAGAGGGCAGCUAUACAGUAUUUGAUAUGUAUAGGGCUAUUUCUUUUGAUUCUUCUAUAGAGAAUGAAAGAAGACACAAAUGUGGAUUUAACAGGCUGGAAGGACAUCAAAGGUUCCCCCACUGUAAUGUUCUCCUCCUCCCUCUAGUUUCUAUCUGGUGCCCUGUGAUGCACUGAGCCACUGUAAUUCAGUUCCCACCCUUGUUAAAUUGGCUAGAUGCUGGACCAGUCCACAGUAUGCACGCUAAGGUAUGCAUACUAUAGCGUACCCAUGCUGCAUGAUCCUGUCUGAACAUUACAUUCACUCCUAGGCAGAAAUACAGGAUGUGUGUAACAGUGGAAUAUGCAAAAUGUAGAUUGGAAAUGAAGGCAGUAUUUUAAUAAAAUGUGCACUGGACUACAUACAAUUUUGUAUUUAAAAGCAAAUGUUCCUGCUUGGUGGUAGGUCCGGAGCCACCAGAGGGCGGUAUAAACCAAAUGUGGGGUUCAAGUAACCAGUGGGUUAAUGUUAAUCAGUGCAACCCACUGCAUGUUUACAAGUCCAGUCCCACUGUCCAAGGGACUGCACUCCCAGAUGAUUGGGCAUAAAUGUGCUGCGGUAGACUAAAACCUCAACCAAAGUAGAGAUCCCAUUCUAGUUUAAUGAUCUGAAAAGGUUUUGUUCAUGUACAAGAACAGGUAUUGUGGUUUUUUUUGUUUUGGUUCUAAAUAUAGACUUCACGCGUAAAAAUAGCACCUCGUACGAAAGGUGCUAUAAGUACACUGUAAGAUACUGUAGGCGUUUUACUACCUUUUGUGUAGAAAGAGAGCGAUCACCACUACAAUAAACACUGGCUGCAGAUCUUUAAACAA